AUGGAAUCUACGGACAGCACAUCUUCAACCGUUGUCGAUAAUAAUAUAGCUAAUAUUCAUUAUACAAUUCAUCCAGUUGAUUCACAAAAUUUAAUCCCACAACCACAAGUAGGAGUUCAUUAUGCUUCACCAGAAGAUAUUCGUGCCAUGUUAGAUGCUUAUGCUAAAUUUAAAGGAUUUGCAGUAUCAGUUCGAGCUUCUAAUCGAAUAACAUAUCGAUGGCAAUGUGUUCAUGGAGGAAAAUAUCGAAACACACGAAAUUUGCCGAAUGAAAUAACAGUUGAUCCAGUUAUAGUAUCAGAUCCAACAAUACCUCAUCGUCAACGUAAACAAACAACUAAAAGAACUAAUUGUCCUUGGCUUGUCCGAGCAGGACUAAGUCAAUCUGAAUUAUGGAAAAUAACUAAAGUGGUUGAUGAACAUAAUCAUCGUCUUUAUCCCGAAGAUCCGACUAUUUAUCAUCAAAACCGACCUAUGACUAAACAACGUGUACAGCGUAAAAAACCUCGAAAACCUAGUGCGCGAAUUCUUGAACAACAAAUGACCAAUACAGCAUUAUCAUCAACACCAUUGAAUAAUAUGGAAUCUACUUUAAAAAUUAUAUCCUUAGUUCCUCAGGAUUUUGAACAAGGUAUUAUGGAUCCAGAAUUAGAUAUUGAUUUAGACGAAUCUAUUAUGAGAACAAUUGGAACACAGACUGAAGAAGUUUAAUUUUGUUAAAGAUACCUUUAUUGAAAUUUUAGAUCAAUGAUUUUUUCCA